AUGACUGACUACGUACAACAAGCUAACGGAGCCAAGCGGGACGGAAUAUUCGACGAUAUGAAGAUGAGUGGCAGCAAAGCCAAAGUUCUUCGUCGACCCAACAUGGCAGGUAGUUAUUCAAGUUCCAACGUUCCUCGAAGCUACACUUCCUCUUCAAAACGAUCUUCGAGUAAAACACCACAUAGACGAGAAUCGGUGUCCUAUUCUUCUUCGCACCAACCACGAAGAGAUUCAAAAUGGGAUUCAAGGCAAGCAUACCCAACGGCUGGAUCGUCUGGAAAGGAAAGACAAUCGAGUAGUUACCACACCCAAGGUGGUUAUGGAAAUCCUCAGGGUCAAUCGAGUAGCUAUGACUAUGCCCAACCAGUGGCCGCCGGUUAUCAUGGAGGGCCGGCCACCAGCAAUCAACCCUCCCAGGGAUAUUCUAUGUCGGGGCCAUCUUCUCCAUCUGAUUUACCGUCAGGUGUCUCCAUGGCUGCACAGAUGAACUCAAUGACUCUAAAUGAGCCCACCACGACCAAAUAUACCGUGUCUACAGGAUACGGUACUGCCACAACUAAUCCUUCAUUUCAGAAUCAAACAAGCUACCCGAGCGUGGGCUACUCUUACGACAAAACGAGCAAUGCUCCGAACAUGUCUCAGCAAUAUAGCUCCAAUUACGGAGGCCAAAGUGGCGGAGAUAUGCAUUCAAUGCCGCAAACAGAUCACCGAACCUCCCAGUCACCAGCACACAGAUACGUUGCCGGAACUUCUGGGGACAGAGAAAAGCUCGACUCGAGAUACAAAGUUCGAAAUCAGGAUUACAAAAAGUUCUUUCAGGCAGGAAGAGUCUUCAGUACAUUGUGGACCGUGCCGGCAUCUGGAAUGACCAACAAUAACGAAACGUUUACCAGUUAUGUUAAAUAUGGAGAGAAGGUUCAUACAAAAAUCCGAAGGUUUGUGGUUGUGAAACAGAGAGCCAGGUCUUGUACCUGUCUUCCUGUGACAUCGUAUGAGGGGAAAGGGUUUAAGAAACCAGAGAUCGAUAUCAGUGAGCAUGGCCCCAUUUACAGUUCGAAACGACCGAGAAGUGUUCCAGAAAUCACCAAAAAGGCCCUGAAAGUUAUUCUUUCCAAAAACGCCGAUCCUCUCAAAGAUCCUUCACUCAUCAAUUACGGUUGUAUGUAUACGGUUGAAACGAACGUCAAAGUCAUGGACGUAGGUCUUCUGGAUCGAGACUCGCUAGAGCUUCUCCUGGACUAUUAUGAGGAGGUCAAUUACCCCAGAGAAACAGACGUCAAUCCGCAUAAAGACGCGUCUGAUCUUGCGGGGGUUGGAACAGCAUUUGCAAGCGGUAGUCAAACCUACGACGCGGAUACUCGUGGCGGAUAUUCAAGUCCAUCCAUGCAUGACCGAACAAGCAGCUUCGGAUCACAGCCCAGUGGUUACGGCGGUGAUACUUACAGAGUACCAAUCGCGGGAUCCAGCACUGGAUAUGGCACACAGGCUACUGAUACAGCGGGCUACACACCUCCCAUCGUCUCCGACUCUCGCUACACCACCUCACCCAGCAGUCCUCUCGAAAACCGCUAUCAAUCCACCGCCAUCCCAUCAACAAGCACCUACUCCAGCACCGAAGGCUCAAGCUCAAACGCCAGAUUCUCACCGCGCAGCGACGCAUCCCGGGAUCCAGAAAACUACACCACGCAGCCACCGUAUCCGUCAAGCAGCUACCAUGGCGAUGAGCCGUCAACAUCGCAAUACACACCUAAUCCGUAUCCCGCGGAUGAAGACGUGGAUUCAGAUCCUAAUCCCACGCCGAGGGAAGAAACGUAUAAAUCCACUUCGAGUAGCCAUAUUGGAGAAUCAUCGUGUUCAUCAACACCCUACUCCUCAUCCACUGCCCGAGCAGGAGAAUCAGCAUACCCAUCCACAGCACAAGCACGCUACUCUUCAUCCACAGCAUCAGCGCCUUAUUCAACCCCAGCAGCAGACACAACAUCCUACCACCCCCCCACCGCCGACGACUACACGUACCGCUCCAGCGCACCGGUAUUCGACGAGGAUGACGGCGGUGAGAUCACGCUGCCUACGCGCGAAGAAGCGGAAGCCGCACGACCGAGGAAACAUCGGGAUAGUGUGAGACGACGGGAGGAUCCAAGGGAGAGGGAACAUCAUUCGAGACGGGAGAGGGAGAGGGAGAGGAGGAAGAGGUAG